GAUCGUGUAUUUCUAAAAUGGCGGGCUGUUUCAAUCCAAACAGUAUGGAGGAAUUUAUGGUGUCAGCUGAUGCAAGUUUGAAACGAUUCGAAACGAAUUUUGACAUGAUAUGUUCAAAGUAUGGACAGGCUUUCCCAGAUGAUGACAUAGUUUCCAUGAAGACUGGUGAGAUUGUGAAUGACAAAGGAACUAUCCGGAAACUUAAGCCUGUGUCUUUUGGAGGAGCUAAGCUGGCAGUGACCAAGCGUCGAGCUGACAAGUUCACCAAGGCUCUGUCCCACAGCACCAUCGACUUGUCACAGAGCCAGCCGGUCGACGCCCAGUCUAUUUACAGCAGCUACGUGUCACCCCGGGUCAAUGUGACCCAUUUUGCAGAUGAUGCAAGCAAACUGCUCUCUUUCAUUUGUGAGGAUGAGAAUGAGCCGAGUGAUGCGGAAACCAUCAGUUCUGGAGACACUUCCAGCGUAGACAAUGAGGCGGAAGACCGCUCCACUGACCCAGAGUCAUACUCAGAUGAGUGGAGGUCAGAGAAGUGGAGUCUCAGUGGAGGUUAUCUGUCACAUCUCAUGUUCCAGUUAUGAUUGUUCAAGUUAUAUAAGAUUGUGGCAGUGAUGAGAAGAACUCCAUUUGAAAGUAUAGUUGGCAAGAGACAGGGAGAUAUCAGGCCAGAAAACAUGCCUUGACCACAUGACAUACUUACGUCCUUGUCCAAAGUUGAAAACUCAACAACAGCUCUGCUAUUUCAUGUUUGAUAUUUGCUACCUUUCUGACGUUAUCUGUGUUAUCUAGAAUGAGAUAUAUAUUAUCUGCAGAUUAAACAUUAUUUCAUUUA